AUGCAUACUCGUAUUUCGCGUCGCGUUUCGCAACCGAUGCCGCCGCCGCGCGAAAACGAGCACGUCCGCCAUUAUCGGUUCGGCGUAGAUGACGACGCGCUCCUCAUCCACCCAUCGAAGAGUCGUUCACUUCGAUUAACCCCGCAUCGCGGAAAAGGUCCGCGGCAGACAAUGCGCCGAGUGGCCGCUCUAGUGGCGUCUCGACUCGCGAGCUACCCCACCCCGCUC